CAGCUUCAUCAUCGGCCUCACACGUGUGGAUUACACUGCCAGCUUCAUGUAUCCUUCAUAAACUACCAUCUUCACCAAACAGUCUUACAUGGUUUCUGUAGCUUAGCUUUUUAGUCUUUUAAGAAAGGAAGUUGCCUGGAAAAGUAAUGGCGAGUGCAGUGAAGACAGUGGUGGCUUUGGCUGUGAUUUCAGUAAGCCUUUGUGGGAAAUGGGUUGCAGCAGAGGUGAACCAUCUGGUUGGUGGUGAUCAUGGCUGGGACCCUUCUACUGAUGUGGCUUCUUGGUCUUCCGGCAGAACAUUCAGAAUCGGAGACAAAAUUUGGUUCGCAUACUCCAUGGCACAGGGAACGAUAGCUGAGCUCAAGACUAAAGAGGAAUACGACUCGUGUGAUAUAAGCAAUCCAAUCAGAAUGUAUACAAACGGCUUAGACAGCAUUUCGCUACAUGAGGAAGGGAUCCGGUAUUUCGUGAGCACAAACUCAAAGAUCUGCAAGAAAGGGUUGAAGCUACACGUGGAAGUGACGUCUGAAAAGUCAGGGACAUGUGAUGAUAUCCCAAAAUCAGAGGACUCUGCCUUGGCUGUUGCUGCGGGGCCAACGGCAUCUGAUUCAACCCACGUCGGAGCAAGCGGUGUCAUGUUUAUGUUGCUGUCUGGAAUCUGGCUGUCUUAUUAUUACAGUAUUAUGGGUAUUUAGGAGUGAUGUUAAAUUAUGAUGAAGGAUAUUAUAUCUAUUUUAAUAGAUAUUUGGAAGAACUAAGAAGUUAGGUUGAUGAGAAAUUUUAUAAUAUAAAAGUGGGAUUUAAUAAUUA